GUGAGUAAUAAUAAGUGAGGUCACAUACCAUGAGUAUAACUGAAUGUGCUUGCAUUAGAUGUUCUUAUACCUGCUUGUGACAGUGAGGCUCUUUUCAGAUAGUGUAUUCUCACAGGCGUUAUCUGAGACGAAGUGGCAGCCUGGAUAUUAAUGAUAUAUCAAGUUCGAAGACAAGCUGCCAGAUUUUUUGUCAUCCUGUCUCCUAAUUUAAUGUGUCUGUGACUCACACGUGGAAUUUACAGGGUGGGAGUUUCUGCCCGUGGCUAUUAAUGUAUUAGUCAUCCAGCUUUGAGUGGCACACCUUCAGCCUCUUAUUGUCAGCCAAUUCAUGUGAAUCUCCAGCCCUGCAGUUACAGAGUGUACAGGCACUCUGUCAACAAAGUUCACCGGUUACCAUUUAAGAAAAGUCCAACUGUCAUAAACAAGGAAAACAAGUGUGGACGCGACAAGCUUUUUGCUCCUGUUUAAUGGAGCAGGCUAUUGAUAUUUUUACCUGUAUUGUGAGAACAUUUAAUUAUUUUUGCUCAAUGAGUUUAACUGAACUGCUGGCAGCUUAAUAACUGCUCAUAACUGAAGCCAAAUUACAUUUUAAUAGCACACUUGGGGGAGAUGAAGCUAUGUGUAUUCAUAUCCAGAAAUCAUAUUGUAUGUUUUGUAAAUUAAAUUUGAAAUCUACAGCACUAGUCAGGUAACCACAGUAGCCUAAAAAGUACCACGUUUGCCUUUGAAUCAUUGAUUAUAUACCACGGCAGCUAAGACAAAUACAAAUAAAUCCUGAUGUCUUUAACAUGUUUUUAUGAUAAACAGCUAUAAUUAUAAAACACUGAGGAGUGAAAUCAGUAGGUCACAUGACACACUUUUAGAGUGGAGGGAGCAAUGGAGCAGCAUACACAGCUCACAUGUGAUUUAUGUCAGUGUAGAAAACAUUACUAUUCUGCGGGAUGACAGACAACAAAUGGUAUGAGCAUGUAUAAGUGUGUGUGUGUGUGUGUGUUCGUCAGAAACGGGGUGUGCUCGACUGUGUGGAAAUGAGAGAAAGCUAAGAUUCUCCAUCACGUACCCUCCCUUACCUUUCCCUGCUGCUUUGGACUCUUUAUAAGCCGCCGCCAGUUUUGUCUGUCAGCCUCAUUAUCACUCUGUCUUGGCUCGAGGGAAUUGUACGGCCAUUCUGACACAGACAUAGUGCACUUGGUGGAAAUUGGCUAAGGGAAAAGAGAGGGAACACAGUUAGAAUUUGAAACCUUCACAUAAAACAGGGCUCUUGCUAUUAGUGGACAACUUUUCAGUGUGAGAUGCUUCUGUAUUUGAACCUCCUGGUGCUGCUCCUCCUGCACACGACUCUGUCGAACCCACUGACCACACCAUCCAGAGGAUGUGCUGCCUGCAAAGCAAAGCCCUCACCGAGUCAGACACUGGCAGAUUCGAGUGUCUCCGCUCUGGCUGUUGGAGCAGUGUGCGGGGUGUACACUCUGAGCUGUGCCCACGGUCUGCGGUGCACACCUCCAGAGGAUGAGGCCAGGCCUCUCCGUGCCCUGCUGGAGGGCAGAGGCGUCUGCAGCAACAUCACCGGUGCCAGCCCGACUGAGCAGGUCAGCGUUAGAGAUCCAACACCCGGCGCUGAUCCAGAUGAGGCUCCAUGUCGUAAACUGCUGACCACACUGAUCCAUGGUCUCGAUGCCCAUUUAUUCAAGUCACACCACGAUAUCUACAUGCCCAACUGUGACAGGCGAGGUUUCUUCAGAAAGAAGCAGUGCUGGUCAUCUCGGGGUAAACAGCGUGGCAGGUGCUGGUGCGUGGAUGAGAAUGGCAUGCCGGUCUCUUCAAACGCCAAACAGAAAGGCAGCCUGAGCUGCUGAGACGCAGGAGGUUGUGUGACGUAAAGAUGAAGGGACACCAGAGCCCACAUUGUCUCCCAUUUCAUUCUCCAUCCACCAGAACCAGCUUCCCAACAUUGAAAAUGUCCUCUGUAACUUUGUCUCCUUGCGCCCUCUACUGAACACAGUUAAGGCUGAAAAUAUUCCAUGCAUCACUUUUGGACUCACAGGAACCACACACAGUUUGCUUUGCACAUAUUACACUAAAAGAUUUUAAUUUUGUGUUCAAAGUAUUAUGCAAUUUAUUAUGCAAAAGUAGGAACAGUUUUUUUUCCCACUGUUGAAAACUUACUACACAUAAGGUGGUGUAAUUAGGUCUUUAGUAUGCACUCAAUAUGUCCUAUUUAUAUACAGUAUUUUUGUAUUUUUUUAUACUUUGAAGCCACUGUAAUUAUAUCACUGAUACACUUUGUACAUAAUCCAUAGAUGCAAUCUUAUUUAUGCUACUUUGAAUAUAUUUUAUUUAUCUUAAUAUUACUGAUCAUUUGUAUAGUCCAUGAGAGCAAACACAUUAUUUAAAAAAUAACCUGACAUCCUCAUGUUUUUCAACAUAAACAUAUACGGCGACAAAGUAUUUGUGAUCCUUUGACUUAAAUUAAGGACUCACUUUUUAAACCAUCUGAGAAUUAUUAUUGUUAUUAUUAUUUUAAAUCAAAUUUCUGUGAUAGACUUCAUGUUUAUAAUGCAAGAAAGGCACUGUGUUACAAUGUUUUGGAAAUAAAUCUUU